AUGGUGCAAUCAUUAUGUUAUGAUGUAUUUUCAAUUAAUGAUUGGCAAUUACUUCUGGAGAUGAUAGAUGAUUUUUAUCAAAAGAAUAUAGCAAAAGAAGAUGAUUAUAAUCAACUGCAAUUCCUUUUUUCAUCAUUGCUAGAAAAUGUACCUCAUGAUUUGGUUCAAGAAGUGUUUAGACAAAUGCCUAACAUUAAGCAACCACAAGAACCUAAACAAAAAUACGAACUUAAUAUGAGUUAUGCAAAGAAAGCUCUUGAUCUUGCAAUUCAGAUUAACAAAGUAAAAGAAUUUGUUAGUUAUUUAAAGAAUUUCAUUGAAGAAGCCAAAAAUGAUUUAUUAAGUACACAAAAUGAUACUGAAUUCAUACUUAUUGGAGAUCUGUUGCACAUUCCACAUAAAGGUUGA